UAGUUGGGACUUCAAAGGCAGAAUUAACGCAAAAACAGUGUUGUAUUUUAUGGGUUACCAGUCGUACAGUGUGUUAAAUUAGCAGAUAAAUGACAUUUUGAUUAAACAAGAGAGGACAAAGGCAUCUCUUUUGAGUUCAGCUCUUUCUGUGUGUCUGAGGUUCAGAAAGUGAACUUUGGUUUGGGCUCAGUUUUGCACUGACAGCUGAUACCGACUGUAGGACAUGACUGAAGAAGUGGAUGUUGUGGUAGUGGGCUCCUGUAUGACCGAUCUGGUCAGCCAGGCGCCGAGGCUGCCCAAAGCUGGAGAGACAAUACAUGGUCACAGGUUCUUCAUUGGCUUUGGUGGGAAAGGAGCAAACCAGUGUAUCCAGGCUGCUCGACUGGGAGCCAAGACUGCCAUGGUUUGCAAGGUUGGAAAAGACUUUUUUGGGGACAACUACAUUCAGAAUUUCAAAGACAGUGGUGUAUCCACAGCUUUUGUGGAGCAGACAGCUGAAGCUGCGACUGGAGCUGCUUCCAUCAUCGUAAACGAUGCAGGUGAGAAUGCUAUUGUGAUCGUAGCAGGAGCGAACAUGCUACUGGGGAAAGAGGAGCUGCAGCGGGCGCAGGCUGCACUGGAGAAGGCCAAGGUGGUUGUUUGCCAGCUAGAAGUCAGUCCAGACACCUCCUUAAAGGCCCUGCAAAUGGCCCAGCAGAACCACGUGAAGACCAUAUUCAACCCUGCCCCUGCCAUUUCUGACCUCCAUGCUGGCUUCUACAAAGCCUCUGACAUCUUCUGCUGCAAUGAGUCUGAGGCUGAGCUGCUGACAGGAUGUCCAGUAGCGUCGGUGGAGGAUGCGGGGCGCGUAGGCCUGGAGCUGCUGAAGAGAGGAUGUGCUUCAGUCAUCAUUACUCUGGGCCCUCAGGGCUGCGUGGUGCUGCAGUCCAAAGAUCCAGCUCCAAAACAUGUCCCCACAACCAAGGUCACCAGCGUGGACACUACGGGCGCUGGCGACAGCUUCAUCGGUGCACUGGCAUUCUAUAUUGCCCACUAUCCCACCAUGCCCUUGGAGGAGAUGGCAAGGAGAGCUAACCUCAUUGCUGCUGUGUCAGUGCAGACAACUGGCACUCAAACAUCAUAUCCAUUUAAGAAGGACCUGCCAACGGAGUUAUUUUAAGACCACUUACUAUUUCAGCACUAUAGGAAUAAACAUGCACUUCUACCACAA